AUGGCAAAAGUAAGUGACACAAGUGUGGACAAGUUGAGCCCGGGGAAUGUAGCCCUCGCCUCUUCAAUAUCUAAAGUAAUCGCCUCUGUAUCAACAUACCCGCACGAGGUUGUGAGGUCAAAGCUUCAAGAACAAGGGCAAGUAAGAAACGUUAAGGCUAAGUAUUCAGGAGUCAUUGACUGCACAAAGAAGGUGUUUAGAAAUGAAGGACUCCCCGGAUUUUACCGAGGCUGUGCCACUAACCUACUAAGGACAACACCUUCUGCGGUUAUUACAUUUACAAGCUAUGAGAUGAUCCAUAGGUUUCUUGUACAAGUAGUCUUCCCGGAAAAGGAAAGCCAAAACCAUUAA